AUGGUGGUCGCAGAUGUCGCCUCGGCCGUUCCUCACAGUGUCUCACGCCUACUGGGCGAUCUCGCCGCCAUUCAGAAGGACGCGGCAGAAUACUUUGGGACGGUGCAUUGUUGGUGGUCUAUCAUUUCCAAGCACUCGUUCUACAACCGUCUCCUGAACCCGCUGGUGCCCAGGCAAGGAGACGUCGCCUUACUCUUUCUCUGUAUGAAACUGAUCAUCUGGAGGCCGGGCGAGGAGAGGCAAGAUCCCCGGACGCCGUUGUAUCUGGCUGCAAAACGCUAUUCCACCGAGCUUGAGGUGGCCGGCGCCUUCAGCAUCCGCGGGUUGCAGGCCGCCUUGCUGAUCGCCGUCUACGAAUUCGCCCACGGGAUCUAUCCGUCGGCGUUUCUGUCCGUGGCCGCCUGCGCGAGGUACGGGAGAGCUCUGGAAAUCAACCUGACCUUGACCGACAGUCCGGGAGAAUGUGUCGACUGUUUCCAGUCGGAGGAGAAGAGACGGGCCUGGUGGGCCAUUCUCAUUCUCGACCGCUUCGCCAACAUCAGCUGUCCGGGGAGACGCACUUUUGAGACCGAUAAUCCGGCCCCAACAGAUCUGCUACCCGCCAACGACGUGGCGUGGGAUGCCGGCAUGGUUACGCCAUACGACAAGAUGACCAUCUCGUGUCCCGCGACGGAGCGUAUGGGCAGAUUUGCCAAGCUGGCGCAGGCUACUCAUCUCCUCUGCCGUGUCCUCGAGCACGUUAGCGACCACUCGAUGGAUGCAGAAUUUCGCGAGAGCCAGGAACGUCAGCUGGAGAAGGCGAUCCAAAUGUCCAUCCGCAUGGUCAGCGGCGUGCUGAAGGGUCCUGCAGGCGCUCACGCCCAGAUCUGUUACAGGGGGGAAAGUUCUCUAUUCGUCCUGUACGACGACGCCCUCAACAUCGACGACCCUUCGACCCCGGCGGAGCUCCGACGUCGCGACCACGCGCGCGAUUUGCUCGAGCGCGUCUCGAAGACCUGCGCGACCUCGGGGAGUCACUUUCUCCAGGGCAAUGCACUGCCCGUCGAGAUGGUGGCUCCCUUCGUGCUGCACUGGCUGUAUCGCUCGGCGGCCUUUUACGUGCGUAUGAUUCGAGAGAGCUCCAACAGUGACCACGCACGGAGCGUGGAGAUCCUCAAGGAGGGAUUGAGGACGCUUGAUACGCGGUGGAAGAUUGCAGGCACCUAUGUCCGAAUGAUUGAAGCCAGGGAAGUCAUGCUUUGCCCCUAA